AUGGCCAACUUCUGGGCCCCUCCUUCCGAGCCGCCAACCAGGCUUGGCCGCCAUCGUCAGCUCUCCCCACUAGCGGGUGUCCAUGUGUCUCCGUUCUGCCUCGGCGGCCUGACCAUUGGAGACCAGUGGGGACAAUUUGGCAUGGGCGAAACGUCCAAAGAAGGCAGCUUCAAGCUCCUCGACGCAUUCUACGAGGCUGGCGGGAACUUCAUCGACACUGGGAACAGCUACCAGGAUGAGACGUCGGAGAAGUUCAUCGGGGAGUGGAUGGAGAAGCGAGGGAACCGUGACCAAAUGGUCAUUGCCACCAAGUACACCACCAAUUUCAAGCGCGCCGAAAACUUACCCCAGAAGACGUCGUAUUUGGGCAACAACGUGAAGUCGAUGCACAUCUCGGUGGAAGCAUCCUUGAAGAAACUGCGCACGUCGUACAUCGACAUUCUGUACGUGCAUUGGUGGGACUUCAACACGAGCGUAGAGGAAGUCAUGAACGGCCUGCAUUACCUUGUCGUGCGAGGGCUCGUGCUAUACCUCGGUAUCUCGGACACACCGGCGUGGGUCGUCGCCAAGGCGAACACGUAUGCACGCACGUCAGGCAAGACGCCAUUCGUGAUCUACCAGGGCGGAUGGAGCAUUCUGCAGCGCGACUUCGAGCGCGAGAUCAUCCCCAUGGCGCGUUCUGAGGGUCUUGCGCUGGCACCGUUCGGUGUGAUGGGUGCGGGGAGGAUCCGUACGGAUGUUGAGGAACAGAAACGGCGUGAAACUGGGGAAAACGGGCGCACGUUCGCGAGCAACGAAUGGGAGCGGACACCCGAGCAGCGCAAGGUUUGCCAAGCGCUGGAGGAAGUCGCCAGCCAGGUCGGCGCAAAGAGCAUCACCUCAGUGGCGAUCGCAUAUGUGAUGCAGAAGGCGCCAUACGUAUUCCCGCUCAUCGGCGCGCGCAAGGUUGAGCAACUGAAGGAAAACAUCGAGGCACUGAGCAUCGCACUCUCGGCAGAGCAAAUCGUGUACCUCGAAAAUAUCAUUCCCUUCCAGGCUGGCUUCCCACACGGUAUGGUAGGCGAUGGGACAAAGAAUAGCAACGUCUUCAACAUGGCGGGUCACUUCGAUAGAGUUCCUGUCCAACAGGCCAUCCGACCGACCAAGUGA